AAACUUUCUUACAUUUCAUACAUUGACUGCACUUUCAUUGCAUUCAUUGAAUGAGAUUCAUAUCAAUCGCUUAACACUAAUAAACAAAUGAUUUCCUUAUAAUCACUUAAAAGGCAUUUAACGCCAAAAACUGUUGCCAUAAGUAAUGAUUCGUAGUGUGUGAAGUGUGGACUCGGAUGUGAGGGCCAGUCAUGUCAAGGGAUGGUAUGUAUCGGACGGUGACUCUGGAGAAGGACCAGUCGGGUGAGCUCGGCAUCUAUAUCACCGGCAAAGUGGACAUCAAUGGCUACUUGACGUAUGUGGUCGCAGACCUCGAGACCAAUGGACCCGCGCACAGGGCCAAAGUGAUCGACAAAGACGAUGAGGUAUUGGCCAUCAAUGGCAUAGUAUUGAGAGGUCUUCAGUUGGAGGACGCGUUGAGACAUUUAAGAUGUAGUGAUAGAGUGGUGCAAAUCAUAAUUGCUAAGCAAAAACCGAGUUUCAGCAACUCGUCUACUAAGACCCCCAAAACCAAUGGGUUAAUAAGUGAUUCAAAGCCAGAGAUGAAUGAGAACUGCAAACAAAGCAAUUUGUAUUCAAAUGCUCGCCAAACGCCGACCCAAACUCAACAAAAGCUGUCGACUCUAUCGCGAUUGACUCUCAACCGAAGCUGUCGACCCAUUUCUACUCCCAAUUCAAUCGACAAUAUUCAACUCAAUCCAAACUUGAACAGCUCCGGCAAUAACUGCGGCCUUUGGACCCUUCCCCGUAAGCCUAAGGCUGACACCUCUUUAGGACUUCGGACUAUUGUCUACCAAAAAGGACCCGACAGUAAGGGCUUGGGAUUCAGUAUUGUAGGGGGUAUUGACUCACCAAAAGGUCAAAUGGGAAUAUUUGUUAAAACAAUAUACCCGACCGGACAGGCAGCACAGUUCGCCAAUCUAUUUGAAGGCGAUCAAAUAUUCAGUAUUAACGGCGAAUCUACUGAAGGGUUGACUCAUUCGGAAGCGUUAACUAUGUUUAAAAGGAUUAAAAGAGGAGACGUUGUCCUACAUAUUGGUCGGCGAGCAGAUGUGGCGCUCAACAGUUCUAAAAACUCCAAGUCGUGCUCAAACCUCGAUCUCAUUUCAUGAUUCAUAUCAUACCAUAACAUAUAAGUCUAUUACUUUAUCCAAACAUUAAUCAUAUUUUUAUCAAUUAUUUUAUUAAUAUUUUAUUAUAAUUCACUUUUAUACUGC